CUCUCGCGCAGUCUGGCGUCGUCGGCUGACUGGUGUGCGUCUGGUCCGAUUAUAGACGCGAUUUAUUUUCGUCUUAUUGUAUUCGCGACCGUUUCGAUCGCGGUGUAUCGUCGCUAAAGUUUUUGUGUCUUUAUCAUUCGCGUGAACAGUUCUUUGAGUGUGAUAGAAGAGUUCGCACCAGUGAGAACGAAUGUCAGCUAGAGAACUCGUUCACACCGGUCGAUGAGCUACCGUCGCUUGUGUUCUUCUAAGAAUCCUUCUGUACGACGAUUGCCGGCCGAUGCGAGGGACAAUAAGAUGAGAGGCAAAGUCUCGCCCUCGAUUUCUAUUCGAGCGUAAUCCAUAUGGAUGGAGCAAACAGGAAGGGUUAAGGGGACAAGAAAAGCGUCGUUUCCCUGGUCCACGGCUCGGUUCACCGGAUCGCGUUCGUCGACCAGGGACUGGCUUGAUCUUACCGCGGCCAAACAAAUCGAGAGGACGAGUGCAUCUCGCAGAAUGGAUUCGUGCGGGGUCUACUUGUCUCAGCUGCGAGCGAUGCUCGUGAGGAAUCUGUUGCUAAAGAAGCGAGAGAAACGGAAGACCACGGUGGAGAUCUUCUUGCCCCUUUGCACUCUGGGCAUUUUGAUCGUGCUGAAAGUGUUACCCCCGAACCCGAAUUACCCCGCGAUGAUGACGCAGAGGCAAGAGGGUGGUCUGUUCGAGGCGUUCAAUGGAUACAAGAACAACACGAUUGCCGUUGUUCCAAACUCGACAGAAACUUUGACCUUCUUGAAUUCGAUGAAUACCCUGUGGUUGUCGAUGUGGGAUCAUCCUGGCAAGCUACCCCUGAAUUUCAUAGUGUUCGACACGAAGGACGACCUGCAGGCUGCAUACUGGAGAGAUCCCUACAGUAUACCUCUAGCCGUGAUCUUCGAGGAUUCGCAGCCUAUAUCUCAGCGGCUUUUGUAUGAGAUAAGAACUAAUCCAUUAUACACGAAUCCACCCUCACCGACCGAACUGUAUUCCGCCUCAAUUAACUGUCGAAAGGACACCAGCCAUUGGAUAGGAGGCGCAUUGUCGAUAGAGACUGGUGGAUCAUGUCCCGUGAAUAAUUAUCUGCACUCUGGAUUCUUGGCGUUGCAGUUGAUAAUGGAUAUUACAAAGAUAAGACUAGACACAGGGAACACAGAUGUAACCGUGCCGGAUGUUCAGCUGGAAAUGUUCCCAAAGGAAGCUUUCACUGCAGACUGGAUGCUGGCCUUUAGAGUUGUUAUACCUCUCUGUAUGGUACUGGCUAUCUCACAAUUCGUCACUUACCUCCUGAUCCUGAUAGUCGGUGAAAAGGAGAAAAAGAUCAAGGAAGGAAUGAAGAUAAUGGGCCUAAGAGAUUCUGUCUUUUGGUUGUCAUGGUUCAUUAUCUACAGUGUUUUCGUCUUGCUACUUUCUGUCGUUGGGGUCAUACUACUUUUUACACUUCAGAUGUUCCAACAUACACACUUUUUACCUAUAUUCCUUUUAGUAGUGCUCUACAGUUUCUCCAUAAUCAUGUUUGCUUUCAUGAUAACCCCUUUCUUUGACAAAUCACGGACCGCCGGUGUGCUAGGCAAUUUUGCUGUCGCGAUACUAAGCCUCAUGUACUUCAUUCAAGUUUUCGUAAACGACUCCAGUUCCAUUUACUUUUGGGUGGUAUCGCUCCUCAGUCCAACAGGCGUUGCUUUAGCAAUGGAUAAGGCUCUCGUAUUGGACCUACAAGGAGAAGGAGUUAACUUCGAUAAUCUUUGGUCUGGUCCCGGCAUACCAUUUGGCGGGAGUCUUAUUAUGAUGACCUUAGACAUCUUUUUGUAUGCUUGUUUAGCUUAUUACUUCGACUGCGUCGUACCUAGCGAAUAUGGAGUUAAAAGAAAUCCCUGGUUCUGCUUCUUGCCGGGCUAUUGGUGCCAAAGGAAAACUCCACGGGUGGGUUCACAGUACGAAAAGGAGCAGGAGAGAAAAAGUAGAGGGAACCUUGGUUUACAGUCGUACUUGCAGGUACCGUCAUCGAAUGGCGAAUCAAAUUCUUUCAUACCGGGUGAGGAAACCAACCGUGACGUCGAACCGGUGGUAAGGGAGAUGAAAGGUCGCGAAGCCAUUAGGAUAGUCGACCUUUACAAGUCCUACCAAAAAUGUCGUAAACCAGAGAUUAAAGCUGUAAAUGGCAUCAAUCUGACGAUCUAUGAAGGACAAAUAACCGCGAUACUCGGUCACAACGGGGCUGGCAAGACAAGCCUCUUUAACAUACUGACUGGCUUAACCGCACCAACUGCUGGUACCGCUUUAAUUUUCGGCUAUGAUGUUAGGGAUUUCCAGGACAUGCAAAUAAUCAGAAGUAUGACUGGUGUUUGUCCGCAACAUGACAUUCUUUUCGAUCUCUUAACUCCUCGGGAGCACCUCGAAUUCUUUGCCGCUGUACGAGGAAUUCCUAGAUCAAUGAUAGAACAUGAGGUGAAGAAAACUUUAAAAGACAUUGACCUGUCCGAGAAAGCGGAUACCUUUGCAAAGUAUUUAAGCGGUGGUCAGAAGAGGAAAUUGUCCGUAGGUAUCGCCAUUAUCGGUGAUCCAAAAAUUAUCAUCCUCGAUGAACCCACCGCCGGAGUGGAUCCUUACUCUAGAAGACAGAUGUGGUCCUUCCUGCAGUCUAGACGUCAUGGCAAAGUAAUAUUGUUGACCACUCAUUUCAUGGACGAAGCUGAUAUAUUAGCGGACAGGAAAGCAGUGAUCAGUAAAGGGAAAUUGCGAUGCUGCGGUAGUUCUUUAUUCUUGAAGAAUAAAUUUGGCAUCGGGUAUCAUUUAACGUUGGUGCUCGAGGGAAAUGCAAGAGAGCCCGCCAUUAACAGACUGGUAAUUUCUCACGUGUCGAAGGCUGAGAAAGCGAGACGCCACGGUCGAGAAUUGAGCUUCAUUUUGCCUCAUAAUUCCGUGGAGAAUUUCGCGCCACUUUUUUCAGCCAUAGAACACGAGAUCAAGACCAGGGCGAGUAGAUUAGGUAUCAAUAGCUACGGAGUGUCGAUGACUACUCUGGAAGAAGUAUUUCUCCACCUAGAGAAAGACGAGGGCACAGAGUGCACUAUGGAUAAUUUAUCCAAGAAAAUGGUGCGCAAUCGUGCAUUAAGCAGAUCGCUGUCGUUGCAGUCUAAGAGCACGUCCUAUCAAAGUUUGCAGAACGAAGGCGUCACUGUCCAGAAUGACAGCCAAGCGAAAGGGGAGUUACCAGACGGCAUCCAUAACGAUAGAAAUCCCCCCGUUCUCGGCCUCGGAUUAGACCCCAUAAAGAUCCGGCCUAACUUCCUACAAACCCUGUACGCUAUGCUUCGCCUAAGGAUACUCAGGCUCUUCAGGAACAUGCAGUUUUUGUACUUCACCAUCGUUGUGCCUCUUUUGUUAGUUGCUCUUGGUCUGCAUUUGAACAGCAUUCAAACUGUCGAGGUCAAGAUGCAAUCUCUGAAAUUGAACACUGAUACCUACGGCAAUGAGACCAAACUUUUGUACGUCAACAAUACCGAUCACGAUAUCACGGCUUUGAUCGAUGGGAUAGGUCAGGAUGUCAGAUACAUUGAAGAAUACGAUGGGGAUUUCGCCAAUUUAUUAAAAGUCGCACCUCACGCGGCUGUCUUCAGUGUUAACGAGUACAGCAAAUACAAAAUUAACUUGACCGUCGCUUAUAAUGACACUAUGCAACAUUCUUUACCGAUUUUAAUAAACCUGCUGUCCAACACCUAUCAUAGGUUGCUCUUGGGUAAGGAGAAAUUAGAGUCAAUAAGGGUUAAAACCCAUCCCUUCCAACAAACGUCCCAACCACAAGAGUUUAACAUCGGUACGGGCAGCACUGCUUUAUUCAUUGGGAUGAAUUUUGUCCUGUUACCAAUCAUUCUAGUCGUGGAUAUGGUCUACGAUCGGGAAAUAAAAGCGAAAAAUCAACUUCGCGUAAAUGGUCUGUCGUUUUCGAUAUACUUUCUGACCUACUUUAUUGUACUUGUCGGCCUGAUGACGUUCAUCUGUCUCUGCAUACUCGGCAUCAUAUUCCUCUUCGAUGUGCCUUCGCUUCAAGAGAUACCAGCAAUCAUCACCCUCAGCGGUCUGUUAAUGCUCUAUUGCCCAGCAUCCGUGCUCUUCUCCACGUGUCUCAGCUACAUGUUCGACAAAAUGGAUUCUGCACAAAGUAUUCUACCCAAUAUUGCCACCUUAUUUGGGGCCAUACCCUCUGUACUAGUUAUGAGUCUUGACAUGCUGGGUGUUAGUGCAGCGUUCGUUCUGCACGUGAUCUUCUCUUUAAUAAACACAUUAUACGUGCCAUAUGCUGCUGUGUAUUAUGUCGGACGAGUCCACCUCAUGUGCUCCAUCAACGCCGCUUGCCACCAUCUAACCAUGUCUGAUUAUCUAACUACAGAAAUAAUUAUAAUGGCCUUUGGGGUGCUUCUGCACUGCCCGGUGUGGUUCUUUAUACUUUUGAUAUUGGAUACCAAAAAGAGUGGUGGCAAUGUAAGAGACAUUUUCAAGCAUUUCCUGCGUAAUGGUGGCUCUGUGGGCGAGGAAAUAAUGGAAAAUGCGGAUAUUGGAGAACACGAGGAUGCUGACGUUAAAGCCGAGAGGCAAAAAGUUUUUAAUCUCAUUACUUCGUCAUCUGUUCAAGAACCACCUGUAGUUCUAGUGCAGAACCUCAGAAAGGAGUACCGAUACAGAGAAUUAGGUUCCUGUAGUUGCUGCUCCAAACAAGACGAAGAAGCCAGUCAAGUACAACGAAAAGUUGCUGUAAGAAAUCUCUCACUAGCGGUCGAGCCGGGAGAGGUAUUUGGUUUGUUAGGCCACAAUGGUGCUGGCAAAACCACGACAAUGAAGAUUGUCAUAGCGGAGGAAGCGGCCACACGAGGUAGAGUACAUAUUGGUGGUCACAACAUCAACUCCAAUAUGUCAGAGGCUUUCAGACAGAUGGGCUACUGUCCUCAACACGAUGCUCAGUGGAAAAAUAUCACUGUCAGGGAACACUUAGAAUGUUACGCUGCCAUACGUGGUGUACCAUGGGGAGACAUCGGCAGAAUUGUAGAUCUGUAUCUGUCCGGAUUACAAAUUCACGAACACGCGGACAAACAGACCCAGGAAUGCUCCGGAGGAACUAAAAGAAAACUCAGUUUCGCUAUGGCAAUGAUAGGCGGUCCAAAAGUCGUUUUAAUGGACGAACCCAGCACAGGGAUGGAUCCUAGGUCGAAAAGGUUCCUAUGGGAUACAAUUCUAGCCAGUUUUCAGGGUGGUAGGGGAGCAAUUUUGACGACUCAUUCAAUGGAGGAAGCCGAUGCUCUGUGUUCGAAAGUGGGUAUAAUGGUGAAGGGAGAACUAAGGUGUAUUGGCUCUACCCAACAUUUGAAGAAUCUCUACGGUGCUGGAUACACCCUUGAGAUAAAACUCCAGGGCGGUGAUUGUACACCUACGACACCAUCUGGCGACAGGAUUAAUAGUUUGAAAGAAUUCGUUUCCAGCCUGUUCUCAGACGCCACCCUCGAGGAGAGUUUCGCUGACAGAUUAGUUUUUGGUGUUCCCCAACAAGCAGUUAACUCGCUGGCCGAGUGCUUUAUGCAGUUGGAGAAAGCAAAACUCGAACUGGACAUCGAAGAGUACAGUUUCAGUCAGACCACUCUGGAACAAGUAUUCCUAAAAUUUUCUCAUUACGACGAAUCAAACUCGGGAGAAUGAUGACUCACAACGAGAGUGUAUAUUCUGGUGUGUUGCAUAGUGAAAUAUUCAUGGGACCGUUCAAGUGUGAAUAAGUUAAGAAUAGUGAUACGUUCGUUAACGUUCCGAUGUGAAUACUACGAAGAAUCGACAAAAACAACAUACUUAAGCAUCAGGAACAUUCUAUAGUAACAAUGAAAUCUCACAUUACCAGUCAGUGCAGAUUGUGAAGUUAUCCCUGUUUUAAUCCUGAUGAAAACUAUAAGUGGGAAAAUAAAAUCGUACUAUUUUUAUGGUACACGACGUUCGACCUAAUAUUGGGAGAAAACAGACAAAACAGAGAUAGGGUGAGAAAAAAGAGGUAGACACUAUAUCGUUUCUUUUUUCGUACCAAUGUUCUGUAUACUGUUAUGUUCGCCAGAAUUGCGCAGUGACUUCCUGAAGUGGUUAUGUCGUGAGAUAUAAAAUAAACAUACAUAUGAAAUUAAUGACUUGUAAAUAGUGGAGACUAUAAACAAUUUAUCCUACUGUCAGCAGAGGUGAUCGUCGUAAUAGUAUCGACACUAAUAAUUUUCGAAUUAUAUCGUAAACUAGUGUAUUUUUUCGAUUCCUACGAAUAGGUCUCGCGAUUAAUAUUGCUGUGGAAUUGGAACGUUCAUUAUCAUCGAUUAUAAGUAUAGAAUCUUCCGUUGUCAAAGAAGACAAAUCAUAAGGAUCCACAGAUUGGCAUUAAAUUCUUUUUAAACAUAGGCAAUUCCUAGGAAUUGUCUGUUUACUACAUUGAUAAAUGUAUAUCCUGUACAGGAUUAAUUGUCUAGCGACAUUUAUAAUUGCUCGAGUUAACAACGAGCGUUGUUGAUGCAACAACACACUGUUGUUUGAUAAAGAGACGCCGAUUGUAUCCAAACGAUCUGGAUGUAAAUUCGACGUGACUUAAUUUGUGCGUAUAAUAUAGCACUUAGCAUGUAUUUAUAAAUAUUUCUCCAUUUCGCUUGUGGUCUUUACCGAAGCCUUUCGAAUAACGAAAAACAAACAUAAUAGGUUGUCAACCUUGCCUCGAUAGCGCAUAAGAACAUGAUAAAUUUGUCGCGAAAAUUUUUUUGAUCCUCCAAUUAAGAAGGAUAAAGUGACCGAUAUAUUCGAUAAAAAUACUUUGUAAGAUAAUUUUGACAGCGUACGAAUUCAAAUUCACGGCAGUGUUUCUGGUCAUUUCUUUCUCACUAUACACAUUUUUAUUGGAAGAUCUUUCUUGCUCCUUUCAUCCGAUAAUCUUGUAUUACACCUACACAAUACAAAAUUGCUCUACCACUGAAAACAUUGGCAUUCACAAAUAGAUCAGGAAAGAAUAAGAAAUCCAAGUAUUCUAGCAUUCAAUUAAUUUAAAUAUUACCGAGAGAGUUUGGUAUGUAGUUAAGCGAUCUUCCUACAUUAAAGAGAUUCAUUUAUUUUGAAUGCAUUCUCGUUUUUGCGAUAUUACGAAGUUGAUCAAGAUGCAAAAAUUAAGGAACAUUGUUAAAGAGUAAGGUGGAUUUUAAAAUUAGAGAAAAUUUUGCCUUAUGAUUUGCUUUAGGAAAAAUCCGUUCGCGAAAAACAGUAGUGGGAAGAUCCCUUAACGUUAGCACUAAGGAAAGAGUGAAAUAAAAACUCAUAAAAAGGAAGCUUUAGUCCAUAUAGAAAAGAAAAAAAAUGUUCUUAACUUUCCACAGUGAGAGAUUUUCAUUCUUAGAUACCUAAAUGCAUACAUUUGAUCUUCUGCAAUGUUAGAAUUCCAAAAAAGUCGAACAAAAGGGUCAGUAGAAGCACUGUUUUAAGGACUGAAUGAAAUAUGUUGUAGAUGAUAGAGAAUAGUUAGAUGAAAAAUUGAAAUUGGAUCUUGAGGAAUGUAUUGACUUUUGUAAAUAAAAAAAGGACUCGUUAUAAGAAUAAUUCAUAUUAUAAAUAUACAUAUAUGUAUUAUGUAUACGUUAUAGGUAAUAUGAAAUGCGAAAAAAAUACGUGCGCCAUGACGCAUGUGCGCAUUUAUAGAGAUUGUGUACGCACAAUUCUUGUUCUAGCUAAUACCAAUAUGAUAUAAAAUUUAGUCAAUUAUGAAAUUACACGAAUGCAGAUAAAAGAAAAAGGUUGCAGACAAUUUUAUGAACAUUAUUUAUAUAUAAAUAUAUAAAUAUACAUGUAUUUAUAUAUUUAUAUAGAAUUCAAUACAUACAUAUACGUAUACCGUUUUUUAAGAACAUGUGUCAUGGUAUAUACAAGGAUAUUAUAACAUUCCUAAACCGCAAGUCGCCGCGUUAAGAAGAAAGUUACGCGUACUUGUAUUCAUACUGAUUGAUUUUUACAUUUUCUUUUGAUUUCUUAUUUACAGCCAUAUCUACAUCUAUAUUCUCUGCUCAUAAGUAAUCGCCACUUUUUGGCAUUUACCUGUUAAAAAACUCGUUCACGUGUGUGUAUUUUUCACGAUCGAUAUACAUAUAUGUAUAAUACACGGAAUACGUACGUGUAAAUAUAAUGAAGUAUGCAUGCAUAUGAUAAUAUACGCAUAUAUGGAUUUAUAUUUUCACGCACGUAACUUGCAGUUUGCAACCAUAAACUCGUAGAUUCUUUCAGUAGAACUCGUUUGAUAUACUGUACAAGGCUACUCUAUUGUUUACAGAAUCAAACGAACUAUCGAGCGUGCGUGAGGCAUUGUUUCCUAUGUAAGAAUGAGCAAGUACAGGUAGUCAACUUUUAAAGCUUGUAAAUCGAAUGUAAAAUUGAUCGCCCAUCAGUAUGUAUAAUUUUAUAGUAACUACAUAUAUAUAUACAUAUACAUACAUAUAUACAUAUAUAUAUAUAUAUAUAUAUAUAUAUAUAUGUAUCGGGAUAUGAAUCACAACGACCAUGUUGGUUGGUCGCUUUUUCGUUUUGUAUAUCAAACGAUUAUCUCGUUCGAAUGAGAAACACAAAAUAAAGGAAAAAUGAAAA